CUGUGACAUGUCUGCAUUUAUUGAAAUAAAAUGGCACGGAAAGAGAUUUCCUAUCGAAUUUAAUAGUAUAGAUGACUUAAAGCGGACGACAGUAAAGGAACUGAAGACAUACUGUUCUCAAAUGACAGGCAUUGAACCUGACCGAAUCAAGUUGCUUGUAUUUGGAGCUGUUAUGAAUAAUGAUGAUAUGCCUCUAAGCAUAUAUGGCGUUCGUUCUAGGUGUUCUAUCACAUUAAAAACAAGUCAGCACAAUACACAUGAAAACAAGGAUAGCAAAGAGGCAACUACAGACAAGCAACAUCAAGUGCAUAAAUCAAAUCGGUCGAGCGAAGAAGAUCAUGCUAUUGAAAGAUUAGAAAAUAUAAAAACCAAGAUAAACAGCGAUAUUGCGCCAAAGGUUCAACAGUACGAAAAGGAUAUAAAGGAGUUUAUGCUGAAUGAUAGCAAGACGGAGAAAGAUAAAAAGAAACAAGUCUAUAUGGGAGCUUAUCUUGGAGAACAAUUAAUGCAUAUUUUGUUUGAUCUUGAUGGGGUCACUUGCAAACAAGAUUUUUUGGAUGCACGCCAAAUAAGAAAAGAGACGGUAAAGGCAGCACAGAUGCUAUUAGACAGAGUAGAUGAAAUCAAGUCUGUAGUAAGAAGUGUUCCUGUAGUAGAUCAUCCCAUUUCUUCAUAAAAUAAAGACAUAACCUCUUAAUCUGCAUUAAGCUAAACCGAAAGUGUCUAAAAUGAAUUAAAAAGUAGAUAAGAGCGAGUCCCAACAGCAACAGCAACAACAGCA